UGUUCUAACUUGACUACGACACCUUCAGAUCUCGCAACAGGAUCAAACCAUUGAUUCUAUACAGUUGCUUUGACACAUUCUGCACUGGUGUGUAUAAGGUAGAGAAUGACAUGUUCAUUAACCUUCACACCUGGAAGCGGGUAGUCAAGCACUAACAGGAGGAAUGUGUUUUGUCUCCCCCACCUGGCAAGGAACUGACAUGUGAAACAAGGCCAUGCGUAAGCGGAGACUUCUUUAUUAAAGGCCCCAGACUCAGUGCAGUGAUGUCCCCAUUGUUGUGCUCAUAUUAGCAUCAGAACUGUAAAUGGAUCAAUGGUUGUUCAGAUGGGUAAAACCUCACAGCCCCCCUUGAUUCAGAUGAGGAUAAAAACAUGUCACUAGAUAAUUAUAUAGCAAUUUCAGUCAUGGUACAAAUGCAAAGCCGAGGAGAUUGUCUGCCAGGCAGACAAUACUUCCUCUUUAGGAACGUUUAUGGAUUUUACUACCCUGAAAUAAAAUCCAAAAUAUAAAUGUCAAGUAAAGAAUAGGGUACCUGUUUUAAGGUUGUUUACCAGAAGGUUAGUUAUGUAAGUGUAUAUAGCUCCAGGGUGUAGUUUAGAUAUGCAUCCAAAGGUGCCUGCUAGCUACAACUUGUCCAAUUGCCAUGUUAGAUUUCAUAACAUUCACAGCCCGAGGGGCACCAUUUAGGUAGAUUUGCAUAUAACUUUGGAUCCUGUACAAACUAGGCCCUGAAAGGUUAAAUCUUCAAUUAAAUCCUUAGUAUAUCCAGCGACACGCAUUGUUGGUAUUUUUCCAAUUCCGUCUCGAUGUUAAAGUGACAGAAAUAGGCCUAUAUCGGUGUUAUUGCAAACACAUGAAAACGGGAGGAGUUUCUGUCUUUAGGGCGCCACGUAACUAGAAGCUAGUAAAUCAGUGGCUUGCCCCUGUGCAUCUGACAGUCAUGGAAGCUGAACGAUACAGGUGAACCACAGUAAGGGAACGAGGGAGACGGGAAUGAGGAGGUUUUUCAGAGCCCAUAGCUACAGCGAUGAAGACAACAGUCAGAUCCAGUACCUGACGGCUAAGUGUAACCGCCUGACACAUGAAACAGCAGUGCUGGAGAGGGAAUGCCUGGGGGCCAGGGAGAGAGAGAGGAGCCUGCAGAAUGAGCUGGAGGCUCUGUCCACACAGCUCUGCCAACAGGAGCAGGUUAACAUAGAUUUGAUGUACAAACACGAUGAACUGCUCGGCAGGGUCCAUCAUGAACAGCAACGGGUGCAUCUUGUGGUGGAGGAGAGCUCCAGAGAUGCUGCACUGCUGGGCCUACAGCUGGAACAGGUCAACUCGGAGCUACUGCACCUGCAAAGUUCUGAGGUGCAGCUGGAAGGCCUGGUGGAAGAGCUGCACACUGAGGACCUGCAGAGAGCUGUAUUGACAGAGGACCUUCAGGUGCAGCUGCACAGUAAGGUAUUGGAGUUGGAAGCGCUUCAGUGCUGCUACGCUGCCAGCACCCAGGAGCUGGAGGAGCUGCGCAGCGCCUGCCAGAGGAAGGUGCAGGGACUGCAGCGGGAGAACGAGGGCAGCCUGAAGAAGCUCCAGGAGACGGCCGAGCAGUUUGAGUGGCUGUGUGAACAGCAGCGCUACUGGAUAUGCUGCGUCAAGAGAUUCAAAGACUGCCUGUCAGAAGAGAAGGACUCUCUGGUGCAGCAGGUGAAACGGUUGGAGAAGGAGGUAGCAGAGCUGAGGAAGAGCUCAGAGAGCACCACCCAGAUGCUGUGCUGCCCCCUAGAGGACACAGUCAGCCAGCACUGUGACAGAAUGCCCUCUUGGGAAUCCGGUAAGGUGGCUGACCUGCAAACCCAGGUGGACAAAUGGAGAAAGCUGUAUGAGGACCUCUUCAGCCAGUUCACACCCCACCCAGGGGGGCACGUUGUCGACGGACACCAAAAACCUCCUUGAGGUCAGAAGACCAUGAAAUCCAUCUAUUUUUCUUCAACCCAGUGGAGGCACUCCUAACUUUUGUCUGUUUGUCUCGCUACUCAACUGUUUCUGAGAACCAUACAACCUCCCCGUUCUAUUGUUGUCAUUGUUUAAAUGUCUUGAAACCACUGCAUGACUGUACUGGAGUGUGAUAUGCAACUUCGUUACAGUCUAUUGUCUAUAUUUUGGUAUGAGUGUUAGUGUUCUCCUAUUUGGACACACUUUCCUGUCAUUGUCUAUUUUCAGACACACUGGUGGAACAUAGUAAAUCAACAAGUAAAAACA